GCAUGAUCGUCAUCACCCAGCUCGCAUCAUCACCCCUACCAUUAUAAGCCCCCAUUCUCGCUCCUCCUCCUUCAUUCUCGCUCCUCCUCCUUCAUUCUCGCUCCUCCUUCAUUCUCGCUCCUCCUCCUUCAUUCUCGCUCCUUCUCCUUCAUUCUCGCUCCUCCUCCUUCAUUAUCGCUCCUCCUCUUUCAUUCUCGCUCCUCCUCCUUCAUUCUCGCUCCUCCUCAUUCAUUCUCGCUCCUCCUCCUUCAUUCUCGCUCCUCCUCCUCUUCCUCCUCCCCCUCCUCCUCUCCUCAUCCUCUUCCUCCUCCCCCUCCUCCUAUCCUCCUCCUCUUCCUCCUCCUCCUUCUCCUCCUCGUCUUCUUCGUCCACCCUCUCAUGA